AUGGCUCCAAGCAAAGUCCAAGAAGUUGAAACGCCUUUCACCACCGCCGCCGUCGCUUUAGAUAUCGAAUUUUGGCAGUCAUACAGUACUGGUCAUCCCAAUCCAACGGAGAACUUCUUCAAGCUUACUAACGGCUACUACCUGAGUCACAGGAAUCCUUUGACUGGCGUUGCACAUGACGUUGGGACCAGGCCUGGCAACAUUGCUUCUCGACUAGCACCAUACUUCCACCGUGUUGUUGGCUCCGAUGUAAAUGAGGGUGAUUUGACUGCUGCUCCAGCCAUUCUCCGUAAGGAAUAUCUUCAGCAGAUACUUUCACUUCCAGAGGCAGCAAUCCCAGAGGAAGUUGGAAAAGGAAAGACUGAUCUUAUCGUUGUCAGCGAGUGCAUGCCGCUUCUCGAUGCUACCAAGGCACUAAAGUCUUUCCAUACUAUGCUCCGCCCAGGAGGUAGCCUCGCUAUCUACUUCUAUAGACGAUCAAUUUUCACUAGCGAGAAAGCUUCCACUUUGGACGUCAUAUACGAUCGUAUUGCUACCCGAAUCUGUACCUUCCUUCUUCCAUUCAAGGGCAUCCCUGGUUUCACCUUCCAUUCGCGAGCUGCCGAGGCCAUGUUCAGCUGGCUGGAUAGUAUCGCAUUUCUUUUGAUGGAAUGGGAAAGUACCGAGAGGCGUAAGUGGAACAACAACAUCAUCCCCUUGUUGUUUAAUAGCAAGGAGGGUUAUGACUUUGAAUUUGAGCGCGUAGAUCGGAGGGGAGAGGGCGAAGUAACAACAGAGAUGAUUGACCGAGGCCUCUGGGCAGAGGAGUGAGACGCUGAGCGAGUGGCAUGAUAUUUGAACUCGGUUUAUCCAGGCUACCGUAAGCGGGCAGGUGAUUGAUAUGGUGAGAUCGAG